CAUUCGUAAAGGUACGCGCGACAAACGGCUGAUAGCCAUGCAGCGAAAAAUUGAAGCGGGGAAGUUUUUUGUUUUGACUUGUCAAAAAAUCUCGCCGUCAUGGGGGUUAUUUCCGCCGUAACGGGUCGUCUGAAGAUGACUCAUGCCACACAAUGAAAACAUAAGAGCAGCCAAGCCCAAGGAAUAAGGAUACAGUUAAGUUAUCCUAGAUUCAUCAAAAUGAACAGAUGCAUUACAAAACAUCUGGCUCUCCUGAGCCGAGAAAAGCUUUUAGCCGCAGCACCACAAGGCAUGUCUGCCACCACCCUCACGCGUGCAGCAUGGACAUCAACUGGCUCCCGUCUGGCCACAUCUCCGAGCUCCACCUUCUCCACGCAGCUGCGACAGCUGCACAGUCGUCUGAGCUCGGCUGCCUGCCGGGCGCGCCAGUUGUGUCGACCUGUCAGGGCUGGUGGCGGCCGGCGGGGAGUGCGGUGGCCGGCGCGCCUCUCUGACCGCACCAAGGAGCGCUGCGGGAUCGCGCUGGCCGCCUCCUGGUUCACGAUGCUCACAGUGCAGUCGGAGUGUGAUGAGGUCGACUUUGAUCUGCUGGUGAAGAACAAGCUGCUCAAUCCCGAUGAAGAGCAGACCGGGUGGGAUCGGCUGGCUGCGAUGUACACGCUCGAUGAGAUGGGCGGCCUGACCCCCGAGCUGGAGCUGGUGACCAACAUAGCCACCGCCGGUCUCCUGAUCGGCGGCUCGCUCGGAGCAAUGUUGAACGGAAGGCUAGCCAUCAUCAAAUUCGUCGAGCGGAACCAGGCCACGCCGUUCGAGUCACAGAUUGUUGCGAAGAGAGCGCUGCAGGAUCGUCUGACGCUGGGAAUGGCUCGCGGCUUCUUCAUUUUCGGAUGGCGGACGGCCCUGUUCACAUCGGCCUUCACGCUCGUCUCCACCACGCUGAUGGUGUACACGAACCAGAUAUCGGCGCUGCACUACUGCUGCGGUGGCGUGGUGGCCGGCGCGCUCUACAAGGCCAGCAUGGGGCUGCGGGGCAUGACGGCCGGCGCCGUGGCAGGCGGCAUUCUGGGCCUGAUUGGCGGUGGCGUGUUCUCGCUGACCUGCUAUCUCACCGGCACCACGCUGCCGAAGCUGCGCUACCAGCAGUACCUCUGGAAACACCAGCAGGAAUUACGGAACAAGGCUCGGGCGGAGAGAAAGCGAGAGAAGAAACGUCUAGAAGCAGAAAAGAAGCUAGAGCAAGAGAAGGCAGAGCUGGCCCAGACUCAGCGUCAGGAGGCGGCGAUGUUGUCCAUGUCGAGCCCUAAACCCUCAGAGGGAACUGCAGUUAAGCAAAGUAUUGCUGAGUCCGAGGAAUCCGUGCCGGAUUUCGCCAGCUCUGAAAGUGCAGAAGCGGCACGGGAUUCUACCAACUCUCAUGAAGUGGUGCGGGAUUCUAGCAGCUCUGAGGAUAACCCCAGUGUCGAUAACCAGCAAAGGACUGAGACGGGUCUGGAGGCUGCCGUGGCGGCGGCCACGGCGGCUGUUGUCGGCCCUGAGACUCGAGAUGGUGACGUGAAGAAGGCAACACAGGUUAGCUGACGCGGUGCUAUUCAGCUGCUAGUGACGCAUGGUGAUCAGGUGCAGUGCAAUGCGCGCAGGUGCUGCUGUUGGCUAUUGUAUUUGCUAGUCUGCUUUCGUAUUUGCUAGACUGCUUUCGUAUUUGCUAGACAAUGUGCAUGUGUAAUGGCGAAAACAACGAAUGAAACGAUUGUGUUAUAUGAUGGGCUGCAUCUGCUUUCGCUAGCCCUUUCGUUCUUGUUAGAGCAUUGACAAUGAACUUUUGAAGAAACUGUACCGUUAAAUGGAAACCUACAUCCAGGCCAGAUAGCAAUCGUUCAACGUGGGGGACGUGCUAGGGCGAUACCACAUAAGGGAUGGGUGUGACCCUACGAUAAUAAAUCCAGAAGUUAAUUUAAA